AUGUUCCAGUUCCGGGACGGUACAUUCGAGGAGUUCUUCGACGCCUUCAUGCGCGGAGACUUUGGCUAUGGCGACUAUUUCGACCAUGUCGCCUCCGGUUACGCGCUUAGGAACGAACCCAACCUGCUUUUCUUGACGUACGAAGAUCUCAAGAAGGACACGCGCAAGACGGCACUCAAACUGGCCUACUUCUUGGGGGACCGGUAUGGCAAGCGCCUGGAAGGUGACGAGGACCUUCUGCGAACCCUUCUGGAAAGAACGACGGCUGAGUACAUGCAAAACGUGCUCGUGUUGGACGUUCAGGGUGUCGAUCCUGCGUGGAAGACGCGAAGAACCGAAACAACUGUACCUGACAAGUCGGCUUACGGAGGGGACCUCAGGAAGUACCGCCUAGUUCGGCGUGGUAAGCCGGGAGACUGGAAGUCUUAUUUCUCGCCAGAGCAACUGCGCCGCGUGGAGGCGAAGAUUUGCGACAGGGGGCGCGGCGCGCGUUUCAUGAAACUGUGGACAGACAUCCGAGAAGAAACAAUUGCGGCCUCUCUCGGAUGA